CAUGACAGAGUCAGUAGCAGUGAGAAGUGAAAGACAACAUCGAAAAGAGAAUAGAAGAGAGGGUAUAUUAAGAAUGAGAGAAGUUCUAACAUGUUCUUCAGUCUGACAAACACAUUCAUACAGGUAUUAUUUAAGAGUUUGGUUAUUGAUGAUUGAUGAUUGAGGUGUUAGAAGAAAGAAAGAAAGAGAAAGAAAAGAGAAAGAGAAAGAGAAAGAGAAAGAGAGUGAUGGAGAAGUACGAGGUAGUGGAGGAAGACAUAGGACUUGGGAGAUACGCAGUGGUGAAGCGUAUGCGUCACAAAAACACCAGACACCUCGUUGCCGUCAAACACAUCCCACGGGGCCCCGAGAUUGAUGAGAAGGUGGCAAGGGAAAUCAUAAACCAUAGAUCUCUUCACCAUCCGAAUAUUGUUCGGUUCAAGGAGGUGGCUUUGACUCCAACACAUCUUGCAAUAGUUAUGGAGUACGCAGCAGGUGGAGAGCUGUUUAAUCGAGUUUGCAGAGGACCAAUAAGUGAAGACGAGGCUCGAUAUUUCUUCCAGCAGUUGAUUUCAGGAGUUAGUUAUUGUCAUAAAAUGGAAAUAUGUCAUCGAGACUUGAAGCUGGAGAAUACCUUAUUAGAUGGAAGCCCUGCUAAUCGUCUCAAAAUUUGUGAUUUCGGCUAUUCUAAGUCAUAUCUACUCCAUUCAAGGCCUCAUUCAAUGAUAGGAACUCCAGCCUAUAUUGCACCAGAGGUCAUUUCUGGCAAAGCUUACGAUGGAAAGUUGGUAGAUUUAUGGUCCUGUGGAGUAAUACUUUAUACAAUGCUGGUAGGAACGUUGCCAUUUGAGGACAAAGAUGAUCACCGGAAUCUCAAGAAAACCGUACAAAGAGUUAUGGCUGUUCAAUACCAGAUCCCUGACAAAGCUGGCUUAUCUCUAGACUGUAAAAAUCUGAUAUCUCGCAUUUUUGUGGCAAAUCCAGCAAUGAGAAUCACCAUGAAGGAAAUUAAGUCACAUCCAUGGUUUUUGAAGAACUUGCCAAAGGAAUUGAGAGAAGAGGCUCAAGAUGUUUACUACAGUGAAGAAAAUGCAAAAUCUUCUCUUCAAAGCAUAGAAGAGAUCAUGAACAUUGUCAACGAGGCAAAAACUACACCUGCAGCUUCCAGUGAUCUGAUUCUAUGAGGGUUUGGUUGGUAAAUAGAAGAAAUAAUUAAAUAGAUUUUGUUCAAUUUUUUCCUUAAGGCGAGUGCUUUGCCUUAUCUAUGUAUAAAAUUUAGUUUUAUGACAUAAAGUUGAACUGUACAUUUUUUUGUAUAUGUGAUACAAGGUUUGUUUUUAGCUGUGAAGGGAUUGUAAUUGUGAAGUACUAAGUAUGAGGCAUUUAUUUUCUCCCCUUUAAAGCAGAGUUAUGACAUGAAUGAAAUAGGAAACUGAGAUUGGAAGUGGGUUAUGAUCAUUACAUUUUAUGAUUAUUCUCUUUAAUUUUUUUAUGAUCUAGAUUUGUGUACUUGACUAAUCUCUCUUACUAAGGAUAAAGUGUCCUUAAAUUCCA